CAUCAUCAAUAUAAUUGUUUAAAAUACCUACAGGAAACACUUCACACCCACAGUUGUAGUGAUGAAUCCGUGGAAGAUGCUGAAGCUUUGGAAAAUGGAAACAGUGGAGCUGGCAAAGACAUGACAACUCAGAAGAAUGAAAACCUCCUCUUGAAUCGGCCCUUGAUGUCAUCUAUCAUAAUUUACUGUGUUUUCUCACUUCAUGAUAUUGCUUAUCAAGAGGUUUUCUCAUUAUGGAGUGUCAGUCCUCGAAAGCUGGGGGGGUUGAACUUCUCAACAAAUGAUGUUGGCAAUGUUCUUUCAAUAACAGGUGUUGCAAUGAUCAUUUACCAAAUUUCGGUCUAUCCAUUUGUGGAAAGAGCUUGUGGACCUGUUGGAAUUGGCCGCAUUACAGGGAUGUUAUCAAUACCUCUUUUGCAAAGCUACCCUUUCAUAGCAUUGUUGUCAGGUGUUGCACUAACCAUAGUCAUAGUUACUGCUUCAAUUCUAAAGAAUAUUCUGUCUGCCACCAUUAUAACUGGUUUGUUCCUCCUACAAAACCGAGCAGUGGAGCAACACCAAAGAGGUGCAGCUAAUGGCAUUUCCAUGACAGGCAUGUCCCUAUUCAAAGCUAUUGGUCCUGCUACAGGUGGUGCAGUAUUAACUUGGUCACAAAAGCGGAUGGAUGCUUCAUUCCUCUCAGGCACCAAUAUGGUGUUCUUUGUCCUGAACAUAAUUGAAGCAAUUGGAAUAAUAAUGAUGUUCAAACCAUUUCUUGCUGAGAAGAAGAAAACACAGUCAGAUCAGUUACAGUGAAAUCAAUAAUUUUUACUCAAGUCAUAUAGCAUCUCCCAGGAACUGCUAUCUAUUGCAGAGAUGAUAACCAGAUGCAUGAACUUUCUCAUAUUGAAGUUAAAUUAAUGGAACCAGUUCAAUUUGUAACUUGCCUUAACUGGUUAGGAGAAACCUAGGGAAGUGUAUAGGGAAAGGCCAAUUAAGCCUUACAGCCCCUUUUUUUUUCAAUUGUUUCAAUGUAGUAUGCAAUAUACUUUUUUACUAGUAUUGUUUUGUAAUCAUACUAUAAUAUACUACUUCUCAUAUCAUUUAUAAGGAAAAAAUAAAUUCACAUGGUUUAAGAAAAUCAUGCAUUAAAUUA